UCAUUUCUCUAAAACCUAGUCGUUUUCUUCUAUUCUUUUCAUCGGCUCUCUUGAUUGACUGGGUUUUGUUUAUCGGAACCUAGAUCAAAUCUCUUCAUACAACUAGAUGAGGAGUGAGGGAGAAUUUUCCGGAUAAAACGACCGGAGAUGAAUAUGAAACUGGUGGUCAAGCUGCCUUCCUCGCAGCAAAAAUUGCCGGUCAGUUCAGAAUCCCGCAGCUCCGAUUCGAAUCUCGAGGAUACUAACGCGUUCUCGAGUCGAAGGAAGAGGAAAAUCAAAUCGAUCGGGGAUGGAGCCGGGAUUGCUGAUUCCAGAAAGGAAGAGAAGUCUUUUCCUGGUGCAAACCCCACACGUAAAUGCCAAGGUGGUCAGUUGGAUUCUGGACCGUCGACAGCUUUACCAGACAAAAAGCUGUUACUUUACAUCCUAGAUAGGCUUCAAAAGAAGGACACUUAUGGUGUGUUUUCGGAGCCUGUAGACCCUGAAGAGCUGCCAGACUACCAUGAUGUUAUCGAGCAUCCGAUGGAUUUUGGAACUAUUAGGAAAAAACUUGCUAGCGGGGCUUAUGCCACCUUAGAACAAUUUGAGAAAGAUGUUUUCCUUAUAAGUUCAAACGCGAUGCAGUAUAAUGCUCCUGAUACUAUAUAUUUUCGACAGGCACGAUCUAUACAAGAGCUAGCAAAAAAGAACUUUGAUAAUUUACGGCAAGAUAGUGAUGAUAAUGAAGCAGAACCAAAGGUGAUAAGAAGAGGUAGACCACCAACCAAAAAUUUCAAGAAGACACCAGGUCGGCCUUCCUUAGAGCGGGCUGCUACAGAAUUUUCCUCAGGUGCCACCCUUGCUACUGGUCAAGACAACACCCUAUGUUCCAAUCAUGACACGGGAAAAGGAUCUCUUGCAUCAGACAAGUCUAAUAUUGCAGAUUCGUCUGGAAAUUUGUGUGGUUCUCUCAAUGAUGUUUACUCAGGCUCAUUUACUGAAAACAAAUGCGACAGAAAUGACGAAGGUUCUGUGAUGAAGCACAGUGAAAAGCAUUUUGUGCUGGAUGAGAAUAGACGUAACACUUACAAUCUGCUCCAUUCAUCUUCUGCCAGAGAGGCAUCUGUGUUGAAUACAUUCGAUGGAGAGAGGAAGCAGCUACUGACUGUGGGGGUAUACGUGGAGCAUGGUUACACAAGAAGUCUAGCUCGAUUUGCUGCUAGCCUUGGCUCAGUUGCCUGGAAAAUUGCCUCUAAAAGGAUACAAGAGUGUUUACCAGCUGAAGUAAAUUUUGGUCCCGGAUGGGUUGUGGAAAAUGAUAUUCCAGCACAGAGACCUUUACAACACACUUCGCUAUCGUUUCCACCAGGCCAGCAGACAUCAUCACUGCUCUGCUCUGUACGUCGAAACUCGUGUUCUGCCACUGAAUCUUAUAUCCCAGAAACCCGAGAAGAUAAAAAGCCUUCCUAUCCCAAAGCUGAUAAUUUGUCCAAGAAGCAUGUUCCUUCUGUUCAAUCUAUCUCAGAUGACCAUUUAAGUAAGCCUAUACCAGCAUUCGGCACUACUUCUGCAUCCCUUUCGGCUGCUAUAAGAUAUCCUGAAUCAUGGAAUCCGAAGAGUGAAGGCAGUGAUGGAUCUUCCAAUACUGGUUUUAACCUGACAAACAGCAGUGCGGCAGUCCAGCCGAGGCCUCCCUUCCCAAUUCAUGCUGGCAUGAAUGGGUACAAUAAUAGUGCUUACUGGUAUAACCUCCCAGCUCAUAUGGAAAAACUCAUGGGGACUGCCAAGCCUCAUGGAUUCAUUUUCCAGUCAUCUCAGAGGCUUGAUACUGUCUCAAGAACCGCAACCAACUUUGUGCAUCCAACAACUGCAAACUCCAACUCAAAUGACCCUAAAUUGACAGAAAAUUCAGGCACAAAAAACCUGAACUUCCUGUUACCAAAUUCUGGACACGAGACGGUGGCAACACCAAGAUCAAGGAAUCAUCGACAAGCCUCGUGGGAUGAAUUAUCAACGCAUCAAAAACCAGACUCAAGGUUGUCACCACAACAGAGACCAGAUUCAAUUCUGCCAGACCUGAAUAUCGGAUUUCAUUUGUAUCCUAAUUCUUAGGCACAUAAGCAUUUGUAUCCUAGCUCAUUCUUCGAUGAAGAUGAACAGGUAUUUGGCAAUGAACAUGAAUGCUAUGGGCAGAGCAGACUCGACAAUUCAUGUAUUUUAUGGUGUUAUGAUUAUGUUUAAUAUG